AUGGCGGCGAAAUCAAGUUCUCAGAAUCGAGAAGGACAAACAUCUGAUGAUAUUCCUUUGACAUCUUUAGAAGAGAGUCUUUUAAGUUUUGAAAAAUUAGACCGAGCUUCACCAGAGUUAUGGCCGGAACAGAUUCCUGGAGUAUCCGAGUUUGCACCAUCGCAAAACCCAAAUCAAUCACCACCCUCGUGGAAUAAGGGACUCACGAAAGAAGAUAUGAACUACAUUCAGCAAUUGGGAUCCUUGACAACAAUUGGUCUCAUAAUGGAAGUAAAAAAAUUGCAUGACAUUGCAUACCAAUUAGGCUUGGAAGAAGCAAAGGAAAUGACUAGAGGCAAAUAUUUGAACAUAUUUUCACGGAGAAAUAGACAGUGA